CACAGCCAUACUUUAUGCCCGUGCCCGUCGUGCGUAUCUGAGCACGACGGGAUUUUUUAGGUUUCUCUCCGAGAGAAACGAAAGAAAUGGGCAGAGGCGAGAUGCAACAUCUCCCCACGGAUAUCAUCAUCAAUAUCCUUUCAAGACUCCCUGUCAAAACUCUUUCCAGGCUCAGGUGUGUAUCUCCCCUCUGGCGCACUCUAAUAUCCACCCCUCAUUUCCUGUCCACACACCAUGAUCGGGCCGCAGAGCAACCUUCCUCCCUCUUCUCAACACGCGGUCAAUACCAACGCGACGGUUCUUUUAUCAUCCACAUAUCCUCGGUAGACCACAAGGGAACAGUCCAAAAGACCUUCACGAAGAAGGUGAGCAGUGUCGUGCACUCACUGCAAUCUUACGCCAGUUUGGCGUGCCUCAUCGGAACAGGCCACAUCUACAUCUGCAAUCCAAGCACUGAAGAAUUCAUAACCCUUCCACAAGCUUCGCGCGGUGCUUUUCAUGGUAUGGAUGGUGUCGGUUUCGGAUAUUCAUCCUCUGCCAAACAAUAUAAAGUCGUCCAUUUGUUCUAUUCCUACUCGGGCCAUGAGAUAGCUGAUGACCAAGUAGAAUGUGAGGUCUUUACUUUAGGCUGCGAAGAAUCCUCUUGGAAAAGAAUCAAGAAUUGUCCAUAUCAUGUUUACUUCAAUCCUCCUCCUUUUGUGGAAGGAUCUCUACAUUGGGUUAUUCAUGAUUACUACCAUAAUUCUUAUGAUGAAGUUAUACUUUCGUUCGAUCUUGACAGAGAGGAGUUUAGAGUGAUUCCGCAUCCGGAAUGCUGUUCCACUCCCGAUUACUACAGGUCACUGCUGCGUUUGGUGGAGUUGAGGGGGUGUUUGUGUGUGGUAAAACCUACUCAACCAUCGAAACACAGCAUAUGGAUGUUGAAGGACUAUAAGAAUGGCACGUGGGUGAAGGAAUAUAACCUUGACCUUGCGCCCCUGGGCAGUUAUGAUAUGUUUCCUAGAGCUAUCCGAAGUGAUGGGGCGAUCUUGAUGGAGAUGCCUCGUAAAAGAUUGGAUUAUUAUGACCCAGGAAGUGGGACUUUUACCAAAUUUAACAGAAUUGAAGUGGAGGGUGGGUUCCUAUUCAGCUAUUAUGUUGAAAGUUUCUACUCAUUGGGAAGUACAUGAUUUUCAUGAGGGAAAUGGGUUGGAAUUGGGAGGUUGAACAAAUGAAUCAACAGCUGCAUACGUGCAGUUGCAGCCUCCUUCACAAAUCACUGGUUUGUUGCAUGUUAAUGAACAGACGAAUCUAUGCUUGAAGAUGGCUAUCCAAUCAGGAUAUACGAAAAAUGGGACCAAUUUCCAUGUAGAAAAUAACUGCAAUGUUUAGCAUUUCAUGUGGAAUA